UAAAGUACCAUACUAACGACACAAAAGUUUGUGACGCAGGAAAUAUCCUUGAACUGAAGGCUUGAGUAGUCCGAGGAGGGCAGUGUUACAUUUACAAAUUACAAUUCAAGUUACAUUUGAUUUUUAUUUGUCAACAUGUCAAUAAAAGAGAGAGAAAAUUGCCAAGAUAUCAAUGGUGAUAAAAAAGAUCAGUUUGUUUUGAAGCCUUCUUUUCUGGAACUAUUGAAGAAAGUUGGUGCUGAUGGGAAAGUGUUCACAUUAAGUCAGGUAGUUUCGUACUUGAAAGAGUACGUGUUGAUGAAAAAACUCUAUGAUCCUAGAGAUCCACGGCAGGUUUACUGUGAAAACGAUGAACUAGAGAGGGUGUUUGGUGUGAAGAACUUCACCAUCAAUGAUGUGAUGAGACUGUUAGCAUCUAACAUGUUCCUAUGUGGAGGAACAAGAUCAGGUGCCACUUCAAACUGUAAUGCAGAAGUUCUAAAGAGAAAAAUUCCUGAAAUCCAUGGAGAGACAUCUAAAAGUGUAGAAGAUAGCAGCAAAAAGGCAAAAAUUGAUGAAGAAAAUGUAAAUUCUCGUUGUCCGUCUCCUAUGCUUAUUUUUAUACCUGAUACACCAACAAGAGAGAGCUCGGAUUCUGAACUUAGUAUACAAGGCUAUGAAACAGCUUUUGUGAAAGAUUCCACUGAUGAUCUGUGGUAUCUAGAGGAAGAUGAAUAUGAAGUAGAGCUAGAAGAAGAUUAUUCUUUUCAAGUUGAAUAUGAAGUUGAAUCUUUAUCCAGUCUGAAAGGAGAUGACACUGACACGGACAGUGAUAUCCAGGACAUUGUCCAUGCUGCUGUCUUGUUGUAUAAAGAUGACAGUGACAAAGAAUUCUGGGCUGACAGCUCAGACAAUGAUGGCAGUUCGAGUGAUUCUGAAAUUGCGGAGGGGGACAAAUGGCAGUGUACUCAUUGUGAUAGCAUUAACAAACCUCCUUUGCGGUUCUGUCAGAAAUGUUGGGAAGAGCGUUUAGGUUGGUUACCAGAUAGGUCGGACCGUCAUCCACCAAAAAAAUAUCGGCAUCGAAAAUUAAACCAGUCCUUGUCUAGAAGAGGCUCAGAUCAUGGAUAUCAUUCAUCUCAGGUUCCUGUCAGUGGACUCUCAUCAUCACAAGAACCCCUAAGUGAUAAACAAGACUUUUCCCAACCCAGCACAUCUCAAGAUAAACAGUCAUCUUCAAGUCAGGAUGAGUUGUUUCAAACCAAAGAUUCUUCUUCUUUACUAUCAAGUUUACAAGAUUCUGCUGGUGGUCAGUGUAGUCUUUGUUUGCAGCGGCCAAAGACUGGCACUAUGAUUCAUGGUCGGACAGCUCACCAAGUUUGUUGUUACAAAUGUGCUCGUCGCCUUCAAAGUUCUGGUCAAAAGUGUCCAGUUUGUCGAAGGACGAUACAAAGAGUUGUGAGGAACUUUAUCUUGUAAAUAGUUCAUAUAUAUGUAAUUUAUUCAACCAAUGAUGAUUAGCAAAAAUUGAACUUCUGCAAAACCCAUUCUGUAUUAAAUAUUUUCAUUACAUGCUUACUGAUGCUGUGAAGAAGUACCAAGGUUUUCCUUAUGUUUUGAAAUCAACCAUUAAAAAAUGUAAAUUACUUCAAAAUUCAAACCUUUUCUGUGACUUAUCUCACCAAAACACCCAGUUAAAUAUUGAAAUGUUGCCUUCAAAUGCUUUUUUAUAUCUUAUAAUUAAUUAUUAUUUUUCCAUUGGUGUUUCUAAUUCUUGUUACACUUAUUAUUUCUUGAAGUUUAAAAAACACAUAGUUGUGAUAGUUCAUUGUUUUCACACUGUUGAUGAAAGUCUGUACAAUUGAGAAUAUUACAUGAAAUUUGAUAACACUAAAAUCUGCUUGUUAAUAAAAUACUACCAUAAAAUUCACUAGUAAUUACUUGUUAAGAAAAUGCCAUCACAGAAUAUAUCAGUAACAACUCUGCUACUACAUAGCACUUUUUUCUUGUCUUGAGAAAGAAAUACUUGUGUAUUUCUAACCUCCUACUCUUUCACAUCUGUGCAACCAUGUAGUACUUUUUUAUUAUCUAUACAAGAAAAUACAUAUUUUUAACCUCGUACUCCUUCACAUCUCUGCAUCUAUGUAGUAGUAUUCUUCUAACCUACUCCUUUACAUCUCUGCAUCUGUGUAGUAGUAUGUUUCUAACCUACUCCUUCACAUCUCUGCAACUAUAUAGUAGUAUGUUUCUAACCUACUCCUUCACAUCUCUGCAACUAUACAGUACGUUUCUAACAUACUCCAUCACAUCUCUGCAACUAUAUAGUACGUUUCUAACCUC